UCCCCCCAGCGCUUGCCAGGCUCCGUGUCCCGCUCAGCACCGGCACCAUCAUCCUCAUCCUCAGCGCAUGGGAAUGAAGGAGCAGAAUCUGGGCUGCCAGGUCAGCAAAGGGGGAUUUAAUCUCUGGGGCAGAUGAAGAAGCUCCGAAGAUUUUGAAGAAGCUCUGAAGAUUUUGAAGAAGCUCUGAAGAUAUUGAAGAAGCUCUGAAGACAUUGAAGAAGCUCUGAAGACAUUGAAGAGGCUCUGAAGAGACUGAAGCAGCUCUGAAGAGAUUCCUCUUUGCUGUCGACAGUCCCGGGGAGGAUUCUCCAGCAUGCCAGGCGCAGGAGAGGGGAAGGAGGAUGAGGAGCUGGAGGCUCCCGAGGCUCCGUCAGCCAGGAAGAGCCGAGGCUCAGGAGCAGCAGGAGCAGGGUGGGCGUGGGGAGUGGUGUUUCACUUCUUCCUGGUCAAUGUGCUCGUGAUGGGGACGCUCAAGACCUUUGGGAUUUUCUUCGUGGCUUUCCGAGAGGAGAUGGGGGGAUCCUCAGAGCAGCUCAGCUGGAUCGGCUCCAUCAUGUCCUCCCUGCGCUUCCUGGGAGGUGAGCUCCUGGCUGAGCUGUGUCCCCGACUAGGCUGAGCUGUGUCCCUCCAUCCUGGGGGGCGCGCUGGGGCUGGGCUGGUGGCUGGGGGCUGCCUGCUCAGCACCCAGGCCACCAGUGUCCCCUUCCUCUGCUUCUCCAUGGGCUUCCUGCUGGGGCUGGGCUUUGCCUGUCUGUACCAGGCAGCUGCAGUGGUCACAGCCAAGCGCUGCCGGGCUCGCCUGGGGCUCAGCAACGCCCUGGCCCGCUCGGGCAUGGGGCUGACCUUCCUCAUGGCCCCCUUCACCCAGCUCCUCAUCGAGGCCUAUGGAUGGCAAGGUACUCUGCUGAUUUUUGGAGGCAUCAUGCUGAACCUGGUGCCUUCCAGCAUGCUGCUGUGGCCUGCCAGCCCCCAGCUGCGCCGGCAAUCUGCCAAAAACCAACACCAGGGCUCUCCAGGGGAAGAGAAGGAUCCAGAAACUCCUGGUGGGUGUUCAGAUGGAAGCACUCAGAGGGAAUUACAGCUUCUCCAUGCACAGGAGGCUCUCAGCACGGAGAGACUCGUGGUGCCCCAUGGCAGAGAUGUCUCAGAGCCAGCGAAUCCAUCUGCCUUGGGAAAGCUGCAGAUGGAGAGCUCCUCCUCAGAAACCCCCACCGAGGCCAGGAGAAACCACCAAACCCCUGCAGCCACCACAAAGGAACCUCCCCAGCCUCUCCUGGACUUCUCCCCACUGAAGGAUCCCGUUUUCUACAUCUUCACCUGGUCCUUCCUCUUCAGCCACCUGGCCUAUUUCGUGCCCUUCUUCCACCUGGUGGCCAGAGCCAGGACCCUGGGCUUGAGCAGCAGGGAUGGCUCCUACCUCAUCGCCGUGGCUGGCAUCACGGAGAUGCUGAGCCAGCUGCUCUCGGGCUGGCUGGCCGACCACAACUGGACCAAGAGGUACCAUUUCCAUGUCACCUACCUGCUCCUGAGCGGGGCCACCAACCUGCUGGGGCCGCUGGCCACCACCUUCCACCUGCUGCUGGCCUACACCGUGGCCUUGGCCGCCUUCUGUGGAGGCUUCAUGGCGCUGGUGCUGCCCGUGCUGGUGGAUCUGGUGGGUGUGGAGAAGCUCCACAGCUACCUGGGCUUUGCUGCUUUCUUUGCAGGGAUAGCAGCCAUGGGAGGACCCCCUCUAGCAGGGUGGCUCUAUGACUACACCCAGACCUACGCCUGCUCCUUCCUCUUUGCUGGAGCCUGUGCUCUCAUCUCACCCAUCUCCUUCUUCUUCGAGCCUGCAGCCCAAAAAUGGAAGCUAAAGAAAGCCAAUUUGAACAAAAACUAAAGUUUUAAAGGCUGGGCUUUGAUCAUAUCUCCGUGGGAAAGCCACUGCCUGUACUGGGAAGGAUCAACAGCAGCAACACUGAAAAUAUCAGAAUAUUCCAAAAUAAUUGGAAAUUUUGGAUGUCAGACUCAUUUUGGAUACCUGGAUAUUUGUGCUGAUUAAAGGCAGCUGAGAAAUGCACAGUGUGAAGUGUAUGGGGAAAAUGCAGCCCGUGGUGCCUCUGCUCCUGAGCUGGGUUUUUGUGCCUCUCAGAUUGAAUCCUCAGCUCCGUCCUGACUCACUCACCUCGUGGGAUGAGCAGCUCUGAGUGCCAGAGAUUCCAGCUCAUUCUGUUCACUGGCCCUGGGGAGGGAUGAGAGCAGGGACAGGGAGGGCAGGGUGAUCCUUCCUUCCAUGAGAUCCUCCAGGAGCUCCUCUCUCUGGGGGCAGGAUGCUGCAGUGGGGCCAUUCCACAUCCCAUGCACAGUUAUUGCCACAGCACACAGGACCUGGAGGCAAAACCAGUUUUAAUUAAAGCCAGAACCACAACACAGCAAAGGCAGAGACCAAAUCCACCCUGCCCAGCUUCCCAACCCUCCAGAGA